AGGAGGAGGAGAGAGCAGGGAGGGCGAGGGAGCAGAGGAGAGGAGGGAGCAGAGGGGACGAGGGACGAGACCGACGAAGAGGAAAGAGAGCGGAGAAUCGAGGGGAUCAGCGAGGUGGGGGAGCAGCCGGAGGAGAGAACGGGGAGGAGGAGGAGGGAGAAGGAGGAGGAGGAGGGAGAAGAAGGGAGGGGGGAGACGGACGCGGGGGACCACGCUCGCUCGCUCGGAACAAGCCGGGCGACUCGAGGCACCGCCGCGCGCCCCUGCAGGAAGGAGCCCCGCGCCGCCCGGCAGAGCGAGGUUCCAUCAUGGGGAAUCUACUCAAGGUUCUCAACAGCCCCGACUUGGAGCACGAAGGGCCCAACUUCUUCCUGGACUUUGAGAACGCGGAGCCGAGCGAGGCGGAGCGCGACGUUUGGGAGGAGGUGAACGCCGUUCUCUCGGUGGCCGAGACGCUGCUGUCCGAGCUCAGGGACUACCCGGGCGCGGGGAGCGAGAUACGGGAGGCGAUCUCCCACCCGGAGGACGAGGCAGCUCAGGGCCGCGUCUGGGCGGCCGUGUGUCCCCUCGUCUCCAAACUCAAGGGCUUCUACGAGUUCUCCGUGCAGCUCGAGCGAGCCAUGGUGCGGCUGCUGGAAGUGCUCACGGCUCCCCCCUGCACCCCCGUGCAGCACCUGGAGCGGGAGCAGGCGCUCGCCAAGCAGUUCGCUCAGAUCCUGCACUUCACCCUGCAGUUCGAUGAACUCAAGAUGACAAACCCAUCCGUUCAGAACGACUUCAGCUUCUACCGCCGAACCCUGAGUCGCAUGCGCAUGACCAACAGCAACGCUGGCACGGAGGCGGAGGUGAGCAAUGAGAUGGCGAACAGAAUGUCGCUCUUCUACGCCGAGUCAACGCCCAUGCUCAAGACGCUGAGCAACGCCACCACCAGAUUCGUCUCAGAGCACGAGUCGGUGGUGCCUCUGGAGAACACGACGGACUGCCUGAGCACCAUGGCGAGCCUGUGCAAGGCCAUGCUGGACACGCCGGAGUACCGGUGUCGGUUUGGCAGCGAGGAUUCGAUGCUCUUCUGCCUGCGUGUCAUGGUGGGCCUCAUCAUCCUCUACGACCACGUCCACCCAGUCGGGGCCUUCGCCAAGACCUCCAAGCUGGACAUGAAGGGCUGCAUUAAGGUGCUGAAGGAGCAGCCCCAGGCGAGUGUGGAGGGGCUUCUGAACGCACUCAGGUACACGACACGACAUAUCAACGACGAGACGUCGUGCAAACAGAUAAAGAACAUGCUGCAGUGACGACGCCAAGCCACGUCGAGCCACCCUGGGCCUAUCCUGGGGCCACACUGCAACCAGGCCGGGCCCUCGCCCCAACCCAACGGGGUUUGGACGGGAGAAGAGAGUCACUCCCUUGGCCCCCCACCCGGGGUCUCAGGGACUCGGGGACAAGGGGGGUGGUGGUUUGG